CUAAGGCGGUAGUUUAAACACAUUCGAUGUUCCCCUCUGAAUCAUCAAAGAGCCGCCUUCCCUCCGUUUGCUGAACAACCCGUAGGCGGUCUCACCUCAACGACGACUGGAUUCGGUAGUUUCUUUUGACAUGGGCGACGCAUUAGAAAAUAGCGAUAGGAACAGCGAGACGGCGUACGAGUUGCUGCUGGCACUUCUCGAGUACCAGCUCUCGUCUCCCGUUCAAUGGAUUGCAACGCAGGCUACGCUACACGAAUCGCAGCCGCAAGGCCAGCGUUAUAUCGAGAUUGGCCCCGGGGACACGCUACGGUCGAUGUUGACGAAGACAUUGGCGCAGUAUCCGGAUUACAGCCACGAUCAUGUAUCGGCAUGCCUCACCUUUGGGGAAGAGUUGGAAGAGAGUCAAGAGACCAAGGAGGCUGAGCCGGCUGAGAGCGAGUCAAAUGGUUCAAAGCCUGCUCCACGUCCACCUGCUGAGCACCACCCCGUGGCUCAACCACAACCUUGUGCCGUCGCAGUCCAGCCUCAGCCGCCGCCCCGCAAGAUGGCAGAAGUAGGCGAUGCGCCGCCUUCCGCCACCGAGGCCCUGCUGGCCAUCAUCGCUUCUGGGCUCCGGGUGCCCAAGAGUAGCGUCGACAUGACCCGUUCGGUGAAAUUCCUGGCCAACGGCCGAUCUGCGCUCCAGAACGAGAUCAUCGGCAACCUUGCGGCCGAGUUCGGCCAGUUGCCAGACGCGGUAGAGGACAAAGCAGUUAUCGAACUCGGCAUGGAGCUGCAGCGCACUUUCAGCGGCAGGCUCGGAAAGUACCUCGUUGCGUGGCUGCCCAAGAAAGUCGCGGCGAAGCUAGCCCCGUCCCUGACGGUAUCCAAGAUCCGUGCCUAUCUCCGGGACGUCUUCGGGCUCCGGGAAGGCCGCCAAAGCUCCUUCUUUCUGACGGCCGAAUUCGACGAGAUACCGUCUCGCAUAGCAGAUGACGAGGGGUCGUGGCAGGUUGUGAACCGCUGGGCCAGCGCUUAUGUCAAGGAUCGCGGCAUAGAGCAGGCGGCCGGCACCACAGAUUUGCUAGAUCGAACCGCUGGCGGCGAAACCGGUGCGCCCCAGGAAGCCGUGAUGACCAGCCCCCAGCUAGGCAAGUUCGGUCGCGAGCUGGCGGACCUGGUGGCCAAACACUUCGCCUCCGGCGACGGCAGCCACGCAGUACCGCAAGUCCCGGAACCACAACAGGGAAUGGACGAGCCGACAGAGCUGGAUACGAGCCAGUUGGCUGAGGAGCUCGGCCAUGAUUUUAUUCGUGGCACGCAGUGUAUCUUCAAGCCUGAGAUGGUGUACCGAUACCAAUCGAGCUGGAACUGGGCAGUCCAGGACCUCUACGUUACCAUGUCCGAUAUCAUCUCCCGCGCGCAGGAGGGAGACGAACAGGAGGAUCCCCAUCUGCUGCCCGACUGGGUUGACAGCGCGUGCCAGAGGCUCCGGACACGCCUCACAGACCGGAUGCGUCGAUGCGCCGAGUACCUGCUAGCCAAGUGGGAAGGACAGAGCCCUACAUCACCGGGUAGGGACCACUGUGUCCUAUUGCUACGCGGGGUGUUGCAGAAGGACAAAGUCUGUGGGGUGGCCGCCGCUGCCGCCGGAGUGCACAGUUCCGGAUUUGCCACGCCAAAUCGCUCCACGGUUCCGCGGACCACCAUCACCGAGACCGGCGACAUCAUUUACGAAGAAGUCCCCGUCGCCGAGGCACACGGCGCAAGCCGGGAUUCCGAAGCAUCCUGGGAUCGCCUCGAAUCGAAUGAGACCGCUUCUUCGGCGACCUCGGGGGCUUCGGGCACCACCAGGCCACGAUUGUUGACGCGGAGCCCUCGGGGCGACGCAUGGGAGGUGAACGUCGAGCUGACGGCGCAGUUGCACGAGGCAGAGAGGCGUCUCUCGAUCGAGCCGGAAUUGGGAAGGUACGGCACCACCCUCAUCAUUGGCGCCGGACAGCAGUCCAUCGGCUUCCGGCUCGCCGGCCGGCUCCUCGAAGCGGGAUGCCGCGUUGCUCUCUGUACUACCCGACUGACGCUGGCUAGCCGCAAGGCCGCCGCGCAGCUCUUUGCCGAGGCGGCGCGGCCGGGCGCCGAGCUGGUGCUGCUGCCCUUCAACCAGGGCAGCGUACGGGAUGUCCAUGCCAUGGUGGAAUACGUCAACAACACGCUAGGUUGGGAAAUUGACCACUUGGUCCCCUUCGCAGCCGUUGCCGAGCCGGGCAGGACCAUCCAGGAUCUCGACUCUCUCUCUGAGCUCGCGCACCGCGUCAUGCUAACCAAUACGCUACGGCUGAUGGGCAGCAUUGCCACGUCCAAGCAGCGACGGCACGUUCUGAACCACUCCACACAAGUGCUAGUGCCCUUGUCGCCCAACCACGGCCAGUUCAGCAAGGACGGGCUGUACGCCGAGUCAAAGCUCGGGCUCGAGGCGCUGGCGAACAAGUGGGCGACAGAGCCGUGGUCGGAUCAGCUCUCCAUUUCCGCCGUCCGCAUAGGCUGGACGCGCGGCACGGCCAUCAUGGCCGGCAACGACGUUUUCGCCGAGGAGAUGGAGAAGCUCGGUGUCCGCACCUUCUCGGCCCCUGAGAUGGCUACGCUACUGACGCUCGUCAUGUCGCCGGACCUGGCCGAGGCUUGCACCCGGCAGCCCAUCCUCUACGACCUGAGCGGCGGUCUCCAGUCCGUAGCGAACAUAGCCGACAUCCGCAGAUCGAUCCAAAAUACCGUCUCGGUGAGGAGGCAGCUCCGAGGGGGUGAGUCCGAGACGGGCAACACUAUCGGGAAGCUCGGCCCAGCGGCGGCGUCAAUGGAGAGGCGCGCAGGGUUUCAUAACUCGUUCCCAGUCCUCCCCGAGCGGAAGGAAGACGCGUUUGAUGGCGGCAAGCCCCAGGCGUUAGUCCUAGACCUAGACUCGACGGUCGUCAUUGUUGGGUUCGCCGAGCUUGGCUCAGCCGGCAGCUCGCGGACUCGGUGGGAGCUGGAAGCGUACGGGGAAUUCUCCCUCGAGGGCUGCAUCGAGCUCGCGUGGAUGACGGGCUUGAUCAGCUACGCGCGUCACCGCGUCCACGAGGGAAGAGACCUAGGCCCUGGCUGGAUCGUAUGCGAGACCGGCGAGCCCAUUCGGGAGAUGGACGUCAAGUCCAAGUUCGAGGACCGCAUCCACGAGCACACAGGCAUUCGCAUCCUAGACCCGGGGGAAGGCAACAACCCGGACCCGCGCCUGCGCAACAUGCUGCACGAGGUCAACGCCCAGGAGGACCUGGCUCCGUUCGAGUGCCCGCUCGAGGCGGCCGAGGCACUCAAGGCGCGCCACGGCGACGCCGUCGAGGUCCUAGGCGGCAACGGCGUCACGGCAACGGCGCGCAUCCGGCACGGCGCAUCCUUUUUCGUGCCCAAGGCCAUGAACACGGCCUUCUUCGUAGGCGCCCAGGUGCCCACCGGCUGGGACCCCGCGCGCUACGGCAUCCCGCCCGAGGUGCUGUCGCAAGCCGACCGCCCGUCGUUGUACGCGCUCGUCUGUGCCGUCGAGGCCUUCCUCAGCGCCGGCAUCACCGACGUGUACGAGCUGUACCGGUACGUGCACGCCUCCGAGGUUGGCAACUGCCUUGGAUCGGGCGCGGGGGGCGGCACAGCCAUCCAAACCUUCACCCAGCAGCGGCUGCUGGGUAAGGAUGUCCGCAGCGACAUCCUGUCCGAGGCCUUCGUUGGCACGGCAGCGGCCUGGGUCAACAUGCUGCUCCUCUCGGCAUCGGGCCCGAUCAAGACGGGCGCCGGCGCGUGCGCGACGUCGCUCGAGUCGCUUGAUACCGCAUGCGACCUCAUCGCGAGCGGCCGAGCCAAGGUGUGCCUGGCAGGCGGCCACGACGUGUUUACGCACCCGAUGUUCUACGAGUUUGGCGAGAUGAUGGCCAUCGGCAACGCGGCCAGCGAAGCCCGUAGCGGGCGCCAACCGAGCGAGAUGUCGCGGCCCUUUACGUCGACGCGAGGUGGCUUCGCGCUAGGGGAAGGCAUCGGCAUGCAGGUUGUCUGCAGCGCCGCGCUGGCCCUAGAGAUGGGCCUACCUAUCUACGGCGUCGUUGCCAUGACGCACAUGGCCGCGGACGGGCUGGGUCGCUCUGUGCCGGCACCCGGAUGCGGCGUGCUGACGGCCGCCAGGCAGGUCAACGGCGCCAGCGGCAUGUCGUCAGCGCUGCUGGACCCGUCGCUGCGCGCGCAACGCAUCCGCUCGUCCCUCGCGUGCGCCGAGCGCCGAGGCGAGGACGACGAGGCGGCGGUACGCGCGGAGGCGCAACGGGUGGGAUGCACCCCGGCCGAGACGGAGGCGCGCGUCCAGAGCACCCGCGAAGGCAUGCGGCUCGAGAGGAAGGCGAUCCUGCGCGCGCUGGGCCACAGCUACUGGGUUGGCCACCCCAACAUCUCGCCCAUCGUCGGCGCCCUGUCCGUCUUCGGGCUCGGCGUCGACGACAUCACGUUUGCGAGCCUACACGGGACGGGAACGAGGCUCAACGACGUCAACGAGUGCGCGACGCUGGACCUGCAGAUGCGCCACCUCGGCCGCCACGCCGGCAACCCGCUCCUCACCAUCGCGCAGAAGUCCGUCGUCGGCCACGGGCUGGGCGCGUCAGGUGCGUGGGCCGUCAACGGCGCGCUGCAAGCCAUGCAUGCGGGCCUCAUCCCCGGAAACCGUAAUGCCGACGACAUCGACAAGGCUCUCGAGCCCUUCGAGCGGCUCCUUUUGAGCAAUAAAAACAUUGCUGUCCGCCCCGAGGACAUGAAGGCCUUCUCGGUGACAUCGUUUGGCUUUGGCCAGAAGGGCGCUCAAGCACUCGUCGUACAUCCGCGCUACCUCUAUGCGGCCAUCUCGGACAAGCAGUACCAGGUCUAUCGGGCUAAGCGGAUGGCUAGGGCCCCGGUGGUCUCUCGGGCGUUGGAUCGCACCUUGCACGGACAACCCUCGUUCCAGGCCAAGGACGAAGUGGCUUACGUGGGCGAUGAGCACAGCUACUUGCUCAAUCCGCUAGCUAGAACUGCUUGA